AUGGACGACUAUGUGAUGGAUGAUGGAGACCCGGUAUGGCAGGAUGAGGAGCGGGAAGAGUUCUUGAACGCGUUGGAGGAUAUCAUGAACACCGAGCCUCCGGGACCUAAGGAUCAUCGGACGUGGACUCAUCGUACACAGCACAAGCAAGCGAAUUGGGAGGUGCUGCUCCCGUCGCUCGUUGCAGCCUACAUCAAGUGGAAGCACCCCGAAUCGACACAAGCCGCCCCUCCCGAGUCUGUGCCUUCAACAUCUCGCGAAUCGACCCCCACUCCCUCUCUCGAAUCAGCGCCAGCUACUCCUCCCUCGGACGCAGCCUCUGCCCCGGAUACUCCCGUGUUGGAUCUCCCGCCCUCCUCGCUUACGCCCCGGUGCCUCCCGCUCGCUUAA